AUGUCUGCCUUUGAUCUACCUAAGAUAGUCGAGUCUCUUCGACUGAGGAAAGUCAAACAGCGAAAUGAUGCCAUUCAGCUUCUAAGAUCCUUUUCGCCUUCCAAAUUAAGGCUCACUCCCCGUCACUUUGUGGUGUUGCUGGAUGGUCUACUAAAGCUUAUCGAGAUCGAGAGAGAAGCCUACGGCAGCAAUUCAACUCCAGCAACUCAACAGCGUCUCUUGACCGCUUCCACGAUACUAAAAGAUGUUCUCGAGGAGUCAUUGAAAAGAAACCAGCUACGCUACAAGCAUUGUACUGCCCUUGUAAGCAACAUAAUGCCCUACUUCUUUCUUCCAGAUACGCGGUCCAUCCUAGCGCCCUGCGCCAUUGAUUUUGCCAGAAUCCUUAAUAUACUCCUUCAGGAGCAGUUCUUCAUCACUCAUUUAUCAUUGGAACUAUGGAACAAAUGCUACAAGUUCUUAAUCAGCCUGCUCACCGCAUCCUUGGAGAUGCCUGAUACCUCACACUAUCAGUUCUCCCACGAGUCGCUCUUGACCGACUUACUUAAUUCCUUGCAUUCACUACUUGGUGGGAACACCAAUGAUAUAUACGAGCCCAUCAAAGAUCUGAAGACGUACGUUCCGCUACGAAAAAUUCUUAGAGACGUGUUUGAGCUCCACAAUAAGCGAGAGAGUCCGGUGCUCGUAGAGGCUUUUAAGAUUACCAACAAGCUCUUAAUGUCAAUUUCUACGGAGGAUUCCAUAUUUUGCAACAAAAUUAUUCAUACAGCUUUGCAUCCAUUAAUUAAUUUCGCUCAUACUACUGUGGACUCGUUGCUCACGCAGUUCGUUAUAUUUAUCAAUCUCGAGUCUUUUUAUCGCUACCUCGAUGUCACACAUCUCCCGAGACUUAUCAGUGCUGAUAACAUAGAAGAGGGUGCUUCAUUCGGUAAGCGAAGAGAUCCAUUCAUCAACGACUCAAUGAAUGACAUGUCUGCCAUUUACAACGUCAAUGUCCUAGCUCAGGCCUUGCUCAAUCGUAUAAUUAAUCUGCCUUCCAAGCUAUCUAAAGAAGACGUGGGCUUCAUAGAAAGGACAAAAACUCAAAAUUGGUUUGAAUUAUACACGAUACAACUACAGACACAGAAUGAUCUUCUAUGGCUACUAUACCUUGGAACAAGCAGAUUGAUAGCGAAGUACUACGAAAUGAGCAGUAAAAGUGGCUCAUCAAAUGUCAACCAUAGUUUUAAAAGAUUGAAGCUUCAAAGUUCCAUUUUGGAUAUCACAACCUUUUCUCAUAUUGAUCAGCUUCUUGAACAUAUGGGAAACUACUCAAGUGAUGUGAAAAUUCAGAUCUGUGGGCUUCAGCUACUCGCAUUCACUAAAGAUUUUUCUGCUACUCAUUCUUCUCACGACAAGAAAGAAAGCUCUGUUGGCAAUGUUGCGGAGGACAUCACCAUAAGCCACGAUGAAACAACGGUGAUUAAUUUGAACCUUGAUGAAGAGAAUGAUACCGGAAAAGACUGUAACAUCUUAUCGUGUAUCAUCAAGAAUUUCAAUAAUAAAGCUCUUACCUACUGGUGUCUCUUGAACACUUUCGUCCUACUUAGGCGCUUCAACCUUGCUCGAAGCCAUGAAGAUCGGGUCAUCAGUCGUCGAUUGCAUCAAAUUGUCAAGCUCAUUACACCAUUAGUCAAACAAGACGAGCUUUCCCAGCUUGCUUGUCGACUUUUUAGUUUCAUUGUCUUUUCAUGUGACCCAGAUCGACUUUAUCGAAUUAUAGAUUCUAGCAUUGUUACUCAGCUUGAAAGCAUCAUCGACUUGGCAGAAAUAAGUGGUCCCAGCUCAAUUCAUGGCGAUGCCGCGUGCUUUUGGUGGGCAUUACAUUGGGCAAUGACAAAACUGACCAAUGUCAGGGCGACCCAUGUUAGCAAAGGGGCUGGUCGUUGGCUUUUGUCUAAAUUAAAUGAUGAGUUUCUAGAAAGAGAUGGCACAGGAGCUCGUUAUUUGAAUUCAUACCAUGCGAGGUCUGAUUUGCUCCCGUCUUUUAUCUUGUGGCUACAGGGCCACGACAUUCCUGACACUUCUUGUGACUUCAUGAAAUCUUCAGGAAAAUCUUACGCAAGCCCAUUAGCUACUAUCUACAAACCUGACACCGAUUUUGACAGGUUUCUAGCUUUAGAAGAACCUCCUUUGCAACAAAAGUGCACAAGGUGCACAUCAUGUCUCUCCUCCGUUGUUUCCAAAAUCCUUGAAAUAGGCACGUUCGUUAUGAACAAGAGUGAGAACGUGCCAGAAGUGUUUCUGUGGGCACAACUUGUCUCUAACAUCACUCACAGACUCAAAAGUGUCAAUUCGACGAUGUUCCCUCAACUUAAUGAAAUGAAGGAGAAGCUAUGGAGGACACUUUUUAUGAAUCUCACUGGCCAGGAGGAUUUCAUAUCCAUUGUUAGAGCCCUUGCAAGCGAUACAGCUAAGGAGGUGUUAACGGUAGACCUACAUUUAAUAUGUCGUCAUCUUGAGCAGUUCUUCUUCGGGCUGAGUUCCUUUUCCCAGAUACCCGGGUCCCAUGGUACUUCCGACACUGAGUUUGAUGAAGAGUUUCUGAAUACAGACUCAAAGAAAGCGCUGCCAAUUGCACGAAGCCCAUCAAUGGAAUCAGCAGCCAAAAUAUCGUACUUCCGUUUUCUUGUUAUGUAUGACGGAGAAAGUUCCUCCUUAUUGAGAAUCCUCGAUGAAAGCGAUUCCUCCACGGUGGUUGAAUGCUUGUCAGUAUUGUUGGAAUCCAAUUUUGUGAAUGUUAUAGACCCCAAAUUCGCUUCCAGGAUACUCAGGAUACUUGGAGAGGGCCCGCUAUCCUCACAUUUAUUGGAUCGGACGAGCAAAACAAUUUCGGUCACCUGCAAGCUCUUGCGUACUGUUGUACCUUUGACUAAGGAAUCCGAGCAUGUCGAUUUGUGCAAAGAUGUGAGUGACCUUCUAGGAUUCCUCUUACAAUGUGAAGAAAAAUCUUUGUUUUUGGUGGAAGAUAUAAGACGGAAUGUUGUAUCUUUAUUUCUUGAUACUUUAUCGCUUCCAAAUUUGUGGCCGGUCUCGGGGAACGACGCUUUAUCGAGAGCACUCCUGUCCGCCUCAAACUCUUUAAAGGCUAGUUUGCUGGCAUCGGUUGCAUUUCACCUAUCUUCGCUAGAUUCAAUUGGUCAGAUGGAUCUCUAUCGCCUAUUAUUUGAAACCUUCCUUCAUCCUCAGGCAUCAGUCGAAAGAGCGGCAACUUACUGCUACUUCUUUGCUACAGUUUCUGCAAAUUCAUCCCAGGUAACCAUCCCUGCUCUAUUUAAUUUGCUUGAAUGUUCGAAGUACGGUUAUUUUGAGCCCUAUUUGAAACGAAGCAUCAGGAUCAUUUCAGGAAACGGUCGUAUUGAUGCUGCAAGACAGCUCUUUCUUUCACUUAGGCUAGAGCUUUUGAAGUCAUGGUGGCUUUACGGUAUCCCUUUGGAUUCCUUUCCCUACGGAUUAUUUGAUUAUAACGACUUCAAAGUUUUCACCACUGAAAAUUACAAGCAGAUCAUGUCAAUUACUAUGGCUAUUAAAUCUGAGAGGACGGAGGCACAAGCUUUAUCACAACUCACUCAAGUCGCGAAGUUGAAAGGCGACGAUAUUCAAAGCUUGUUGUAUGAUUCUUUGCCCCUUGUUAUACCCUUGGCUUAUACUUCGGAUGGUGUUCGAAAUGAAGUUUUUAAGGCCUUGCUGCCUCAUCUCAACAAUUUAUACAAAAGCUAUAUGAGAGAGAAAGUACUUCUCAUUGUCCUUGAAACGCUCAGGUUGACAGACACAGGUUCCGAAGCAUCCUUAAAGGAAGUAUGUGGUGAAUUCGAAUUGAAGAAUAUUUUUAAAUCCGGUUUGAUUAUUGAUAAUUCCAUGAGAGCUACAGUCACUCCAAUUUCAAGUGUGGAUCUAAUUAGGGCACUCAUUUCGAAGUUCUGGACGUCAGACCGAGGAGAAUUCUGGACUAAAAGAGUAUGUUAUUUUAUACUUCGACAACUUGGACGGGAUGUUCACAAAGAGGAUACCGAAACCAAAGUUUUGGCAAUACGGAAAAUCAAGUUUAUGAUGUGUCAAAGCAGGUUUCAGAUGAAAGACCCCGAAAUGGUGACGUUGCUUGUGGAUAUUAUUCUCCCAUUGAUACCCACAAUCGCAGCAAAUGAGGCUUCGACAUUACUAGCAAUCAUCCCGCAAGAAAGUGUAAGAGCUAUGGGCAAGGAGGUAGCAUCUAUUACCUUUUCUCGUGUUCUAAGUGCGCUUUUUGACAAUCCCUCCAAUGCCACCUCUUUCAAACCGUACCUUUUGGAUCUAAAGAAGUUAUGCUUUAAUGAAGGAUCUGAUAUCUUUGGCGCCUAUGCCACUGUUUUGUCUAAGUCGAUAGACAAAAUCUUAGGUAACCGUAUCGAGGCUUCUGGGGGUGAUUUCAGCACAAUUCUAGACAACAUCUCAACUCAACCAUACCCCCAGCAUCACAUAUACAUUAUCAUUGGAUUGCUUAUGAGGCUUUAUCACGAUGUUACGAUACCGGCACCAGAAAACACGUCAACUAGUGUUGUGAAACUCUUUCUCAACAUCGAUUUCCUGCAAAAUCGAGAGAACAAUUUUGGCAAUUGGGUAGCGAGGUAUUUGAGCUUCUUCUACUUGAACAACUCACAGAAUGGUGAUAUAACAGACCUAUCUAACUUUCUGGAAUUUGAAAGCAUUUCAAAGGAUAACUUUGUGAACUCCUCCUCUUCAAUGAAUUUCUUUGUUGAGCAACUACUUGAGCUACGGGCUAGUGAAGAUUACGAGUCUCAGUCAUUUGCUGAUUGCAUCUUGGGUGCUCUAGUUUGGAAAUUUGAACUUCGCAAGGACGACACAAGCAAAUUCAUUGACUUCCAAGACAGCUAUAUGAAUAUCCGAGAGUAUGUCAUGCCUCUCGACAUGCACUCAUGUCUCGUUGCGGUUUCAAGUAGUGAUCAAUUGACUAUAGGUACUGAAAGUCUAGUUCAGCUUGUUGAAUCGCUUCCAUACCGAAUAGCCGAAGCUUCAUUUCUGAAGUGGUCUAGUCAAUUAUCUCUCGGGGUACUACAAGAAAUUGCCAAAUACACUAGUAUCGCUCCAUUAUUCGCCACUUGCAUUAUCAAGUUCCCACAUUUGGCCCACAAGACUCUCCCUUAUUUACUUUGUUACUAUAUCACCUUGAUGGGUUCCAGGACGGUUGAAGUUAUAGGAGAAAUCCUAACCGCUAUGCGUAAGAGUGUCGCUCAUCUUGGGCAGGAAGGGCUAGAUGUAUUUGCUCGGAUUGUUUUGAAUAUCAGAGUUGGUUCGAAACAGGAGGGGAGUCCGUUUCAACAAAUCUAUUCGGCUCUAGACAAGACUGACGUCUUCUUGGUCUUGAAAGAAUCCUCAUAUGCUAAAACGUCUCUCAUGAUUUUUGAAGAUGCGACAAACGGGAAACCUCAAAACGUGGAAUGGGAUAAAUGGCGUACUUCUUUGAUCAAGAUUUAUGAAUCAAUUGACGAUCUAGAUAUGUUGUAUGGGGUUCCCGAAGAUUCUAGUCUCUCCAAUGCUAUGCAAAUGCUGGAAAGGACUGGCUCCGCUUCUGAUAUAUUAAGAAAUAACCUUGCUUACCUUGAUGUCGCUGCAUCUACGAAAGGAACAGAACAGUUCGGGAAUACUAUGAACGCUCUACUUGACGAUGGCCUAAUGGGUAUGUCGAAACUAGUAUCUUCCACGUCAAAAGAAACGUCAGGGAAUUUUGAAUGGAGCUGGAAAUUGAACCUGUGGGACUUACCUUUUGCUGACGAGCCAUCAUCAGACCACGAGCUCAUUUACAACUAUCUUAAGCGUAUUCAUUCCCUGUGGCUGGUCCCGCAAGCUUUUGCAACAGGAAUUGGCGAGUUAUUUGCACAGAAGCAGAAUAUCCUUCACGGGAAUAUGUCUUUCAAAUCCUCUCGUGAGCUUCUUCAACGUUGGUUUGUUUCCUUAUCUUGCAUGACUGAAGUCGAGGAUAUCUUGAACGCUUCUAAUUCGCUCGUUACUAAUGCCCCCGGUGCUUUCAAGACAAUUUCGUCGUGGUUUGUGGAAGCUGAUAUGGUAAAUCUGGAGAAUAUUUUACUCUGUCGAAGAGAGGCAUUUCGGAUGAAGAUAGACGAGUCCAACUCUACAACUACAAGCUUGCUUCAGGCAAAUCCAGUACAAGACGCUUGCUGGCAAGGUCUUAUUUAUGAUGUCCUGACGUAUAAUGCUGUCGCUCGCCUGAACAAGCAUUCGCAAAAGAUGCUUAAUUCAGCUGUUCUAAUGGACGAUCUUGUCAAGUCAUCUCAGCUUUCUGCGAUGGAGAGUUGGGAAUCCAUAAAAAAGUUUGCGACGUUCUCGAUAGCCCAAACCUUAUGGGCACAGGGGAAUACUUCUGCACCUAUAGCCAUGUUGAAGAGCUUGGCAAGGCACAGUACGCCUGGCUCCUCCGAAAGUCUUCUUCAUAUUGAUUCCAAGAUGAUAACAUCCCAAUUAGUACAGUGGCUCGCAGAAUCUAGGGAGGAGCUUGGCAAGCGUAUCUUGGAGCAUUACGUCAGCCCUAUAGAAGAUAGUAUGACAGAGAUGGAGAAUUCUACGCAAAGGUCGAAAUCAUACCUGCUUUUGGCUAAGUUUUGCGAACAGCAGUUUAAGGCGACGAGUCUAGAAUCCCAGAUUGAUGGCUUUAAGCAAAGGAUGAAGAGUAAGAAGGAUGAAAUUGAGGUUAUCAAGUCACAUUACGGCAAAACUGCAGUGACCCCAAGCGAAAGAAGAUCUGUGCAGAAGUACUACAAUAGGCUUAAGAGCCAGGUAGCCUCUGACGCCAUUGAACUAGAGUCUUUGGAGGAUACUAAGAUGACAUUUGCAUGUAAAGGCGCUACCUUCUAUCUUAAUGCCUUACUUGCUGGUGAUGCUCUGGAGGAAAGCGUUGACAGAUUUAUUUCAUUGUUUCUCGAGUUAUCGUGGUAUGAACCGCUUCAAAAAUCACUAAAGCAUGAUCUUCAAUCCCUUCCCAGUUACAAAUCCUUAUCGUGGUCAACACAAUUGAUGGCCCGUCUUUCAAACGAGAAAAAUGACUUCCAGGAGUCUGUCCAGCUGCUUAUCAUGAGAAUCUGUUUUGACCACCCGUAUCAUUCGCUUUACAUGUUAUUCUCCUUGUUGUACCACAAAGAGGUCGCCGAAGAGACUUCUAAUUCAACCAUGCUACUUCGUGUGACGGCUGCUGAGAAAGUCAAGGAGAAUUUGAUAAGCAAGAGCCAGAAAUUUGCCGAAGAGACGUUACUUCCAAUUGAAAAGCUAUCCGUGGACUUACCGGUGCUGCCAGAGGGUUACAAGAAUGCUCCAAGGAUGGUUUCUAUGGAUCCUAAAGUGAGCAUUGCUACUUCUGGUCUAAGCUUACCAAAGAUUGCCCAAUUCACGCUCUCUGAUGGAACCUCGAGAAAGAUGUUACUCAAGUACGGAACAGAUGACUUGCGACAAGACGCUACCAUGGAGCAGGUUUUUGAGAAAGUCAAUUCCAUUCUUCAGAGAGAUCGUGAUACCAGGAAGCGGAAUUUGCGUAUUAGGACAUACAAAGCUAUCCCUCUUGGACCGAAGGCUGGCUUGAUAGAGUUUGUACCGAACUCCAAAGCUCUUAUUGAAGUUGUUCGUCCGUACCAUCAAAAAGUGGAUCUGAUGAAGUAUGAGAAGGCAAAAGAGGCAAUGAAGGAAUGUCAAAGUUCGACCAUGAAAGAGCGGCUCCAAGCAUAUGAGACAAUUAUCAAGAAGAUCAACCCAGUGCUUCAUUUAUACUUCAGCGACCACUUUUUAUCACCCGAUACCUGGUACAACAGCAGGCAGCGUUACACCAGAGGAAUUGCAUCGUCAUCGAUGGUCGGCCAUAUUUUAGGUUUGGGAGACAGACAUUGCAAUAAUAUCUUACUCGAGGAGUCAACAGGUGAGCCAGUGCAUAUAGAUCUCGGGGUAGCCUUCGACCAAGGCAAGCGGUUACCAAUACCCGAAACCGUUCCCUUCAGACUCACAAGAGAUAUUGUGGAUGGCUUUGGUUUCACAGGUGUUCAUGGUGUCUUUGACAAACUGUGUGAGCAUACCUUCAGAGUGUUGAGAGAACAUAAAGAGCAUAUUAUUGCUAUUCUUGAUGCUUUAAGAUGGGAUCCCUUAUACCUGUGGUCUAUAUCGCCACUACGCAAGAAGAGACUCCAAGAUGAAAGCAAGACCUUAGUACCAGAGCCACAAGAGGAUGGCUCAGAGGCCAAUGCCGCUGUGCUUACGGUGAUAGAAAAGCUCAAUGCUGGAGGUUUGAGUGUUGAAGCAACGGUUAGACAAUUGAUCAGAGAAGCUACAUCGGCGGAAAACCUCGCGCUUAUAUACUGUGGAUGGUACGUUGACGAGAAGACAUGGAUAAGCUUAUUUGGAUAUCUAUUCAGAGAAGAGUGGUUAAGUGAAGAGAGGAGGCCAGAGGGCUUUGAACUGGCAGAGAUAGCAGCCAGACUAGAUUCACUGGAGAGUUAUGAUUCCAAGACCGGCGAACUAACAGAAGGCGAUUUGGCAGAUGAGCCUCCUGAGCUUACAAUUUCAAUACGGUCAAAAGGAAAGUUAAGCGUUGAAUACGGCUCAUUCCAGACCAGUGUCAAGGAUCCUGAAGAUGCCGAUGACGAGAGCAGGAAGGAACUAGAUAUCCUCAAUUGGGUCCUGUUACAAUCCUCUCAAAUGAAGAAACUAGCAGAAGAGCUCGGGACUUCAAAUAAGGAGCUCAAGGAAGUCAGGGAGGAUGCAGAGGCAAAGGAAGCUGAGAUCAAACAGACGAUCGAAGAUUAUAACCUCAUUCUUCGAGACCUUGAAGAUCGGUUUUACCAAGUAUUGAAUGCCAAACGCCGAAAGAUCCUAGAACUUCUGAAUGGCGACACUGAUGAACUCAAGCAUUUGAACGAGAAGUUUGAAGAGAAGAACAGGACAAACCUUAACCGAGUAAGAAUCGAGGAAAUAAUCAAGGGUGAAGGUUACAAGACAUUUGAGGAGAAGGAGAAGGAAAAAGAAAGGGAAAAGAAAGACAGCAGGGCGGCCAAAAAGCGGGCUUCCUCCGGCAAGACAGGGGCAAGUGCCAAACGAACGAAGAAGGAGCCGCAAGUCAAAAAGGAGCCAGAUGUAGAGGAAGAAGGAGAUCUUGCUAAACACGAAGAAGACGAACUAAGCGUCGAAGAGGAAGACAAGUCAGCUCAAAACCAGCAUGAUCUGAACGUCCAGGUCAAAGAGGAGCCUAUGGACGACACAGUUAUGGAGGAUACGGCCGUGGCUGAAGAUGAAGCCGAAGCCAGUGCCGAUGGCGCAGCUGGAGAGACACAGUCAGAGGAUGGCGCAACAGAUUAUUCAGACGACGAUACUCAGGUGAAGCGAGAGGGCGAAUCAGAAGGUGAAGAAAGCCCUGAAGGCAUAUCGGACGAGAAAACGCAGCCUGUGGAGGAAGAGGAAGAGGACGAAGGCGAUGACACCGACUACAGUGAUUAA